CACCAUUUUAUUACCAGUGAUCGCAGUUACGGUUUAAAUUUUGUCGAUUCGGUGUUUAAUUAUAAAAAUUAUUUAUAAUCAAUUGAAUUAAUACAUCUUAUAAUGUUUCAAGAGGAAUUUGUGACAACCCUGACACCUUUAAAUAACAUGAAUGAGCUUUAUCACUGGCAAAAUAAGCCUUUUAUUGAAGUUUCACCAUAUCAACAUGAGCACAAAAGUAAUAAAGGACCGAAUAUAACAAAGAAAAUACGUAAAAACAAAAGAAAACGAACAACAUUUACUACGGAGCAGUUAAAAGUUUUAGAGAAAACAUUUGCCAGCUCUAAAUAUCUCGACGGUGAGCGUCGUCGAGACUUAUCUAAAGUACUAGGACUUGCUGAGAAAUGCUUAAAGGUCUGGUUUCAAAAUAAGAGAAUGAAAGAGAAAAGAGAAGCUUCUGAAUCGAGCGAUUCAUUGAGCGAACAGUACACUGAUUCGAUGUCACCAGAGUCACAGGGAAGUCCAGAAUUAAAUACACAAAGUACAUUUGUUAAUUAUAAUACAAAUAAUAUAGAUUAUUCUUACAACAUUUCACAGAACGUUCAAGAUAGUUCCGAACAAAAUCAUUCAACUUUUAAGUUAGAAUUAAGUCAAGCUAACUUAGAUAAUAACUUUAUACAUACUUCAUUAUAUGAUAAUUAUGGAUAUCCAGCACAAUAUUAUCCUUAUUUAAAAACAGAUAAUUACAAUAAAGAACCAAAUGGAUACUAUCAAUAUUGUCCACCACAAACUUGGUCCAGUGAUGGUUUUGAUUUAAGUUAUUUACAUAUCUAA